GACCAUAAUGAAGAAACUUGUUUGGAAGUUGCUGAGUUCUUGCGAGAAAGAGCCAUGACAGAAGAAGAGUAUGAAGCUCAUUGCAUUGCUAAAAAUGAAGUUGUUAAUGGCAUUCUUGAAGAAAAAGAAAAGAAUGAUGAUGACUACGUCCAUGUUGAGAAGGACAUAGAACUUUUGGAAGAUACCGAUGAGAAUAGAACAACUAAGAGAGUUAGGAACCAAGUGAUCCAAACUAAUGGGUCCAAUCCUUACAUUCAGGGACCUAUUUUAGCUGCUAAUGGAGGGGGUGUAAAUGUUGUUGAGGCUAAUAAUACUCGAGAUGAACUCAUGGAUGUUGCUGAAUCUGUUGCAAAUGAUCCAAAUGAUAAAAACACAAAGGUGGAUACCAUGCAGAAUCAAGGGGAGCAUGUUGUUGUGGAACAUGGCAGGGAUGCUCUACUAAAUGCUAUGCAGGAGUGAAGGAUCCUGAACAUGCAGAAUGUCUGGUGUUUUUGGAAGCUGUCACAUGGAGCAUUGAUCUGCAGCAUACACAUGUAGUUCUGGAAACAGAUUUACAAGGAAUUAAGAGCUACAUUAUGAAGC